AUGGUGCACGCAAAGUCCAAGAACACCGUCGGUCUGGGCAAUGCCCUGAUGAACGACCGUUUCGGCAAGGGUCGUGGCUCGGACAGAAAGAAGACGUCAAUCACGAGAGUGAACCACGCCACCGGUGAAGAGUACCUUACGAACGAAAGACAAGAGGCAGCAUGGGUUAAGAUGCGAUCGGUGACGGAGCAGGGUGCUCUCGACGAAUUCCUUGCGACAGCAGAACUGGCCGGAACGGACUUCACCGCCGAGAAGAUGAACAACAUCAAGAUCAUUCACACCGACCAGAAGAACCCAUACCUGUUAUCCGGAGCGGAGGAGAGGGCUGUGCUUGGAAAACAGAAGGCUCACAAGGGACGGCUGACGGUACCGAGGAGGCCGAAGUGGGAUGCCUCCACCACCAGGGAAGAGUUGGACAGAAGGGAGAGAGAGAGUUUCUUGGACUGGCGCCGAGGCCUUGCCGAGCUCCAGGAGAACAACGAUCUGCUCAUGACACCGUUCGAGCGCAACCUCGAGGUUUGGAGGCAACUCUGGCGUGUCAUUGAGAGGUCGGAUCUGGUGGUUCAGAUUGUCGAUGCACGAAACCCCCUGCUCUUCAGAUCCGACGACUUGGAGUUAUACGUCAAGGAUCUCGACCAGAAGAAGGAGAACCUGUUGCUCAUCAACAAGGCCGAUAUGUUGACGCUUACCCAGCGGAAGAUGUGGGCCAAGCACUUGAAGGAGAAUGGUAUCGCCUACAAGUUCUUCUCGGCAUUUUUGGCGAAGGAGCUUCAGGAGUCCAUGGAAAGCGAGGAGGAAUCCGCUGAGGAAGAGCCGGUAGCCGGCAGCAGCUCUCAAGCCCAGCCGGCCGUGGAGGAGGCGGAAACCGAGGAGACAAAGCCUGAGAGUGAGGGUGCUGAGGAAGGUGGCGUCGAUGCCGCGCAGCCCGAGAUUGAGGUUGAUGACGAGGACACGAGGAUAUUGACGGUGGAGGAGCUGGAAGACAUCUUCCUUAGCCAUGCACCCGAAAAUGCCGAGCCUGGUCACAAACUGCAGAUCGGUCUUGUUGGAUACCCCAACGUAGGAAAGUCAUCGACCAUCAACGCCUUGAUUGGUGCCAAGAAAGUGUCCGUCUCGUCAACACCAGGAAAGACGAAGCACUUCCAGACUAUUCAUCUGAGCGAGAAUGUCGUCUUGUGCGAUUGCCCCGGUCUCGUCUUCCCCAACUUCGCCAACACUAAGGCCGACCUCGUUUGCAACGGUGUCUUGCCAAUCGACCAAUUGCGAGAGUUCACUGGCCCUGCAGCACUCGUCGCUCGCAGAAUUCCCAAGCAGUUCCUAGAAGCUGCCUACGGAAUCAAUAUUAAGACUCGCGCGAUGGAAGAGGGCGGAACCGGUAUUCCCUCGGCGCAGGAAUUGCUCGCCGCGUAUGCCAAGGCAAGAGGUUUCCAGACCCAAGGUUUGGGACAGCCCGACGAGUCGAGAGCUGCCCGCUACAUCCUCAAGGAUUACGUCAACGGCAAGCUGUUGUACUGCGAGCCGCCCCCGAACACCGUUGACGGACCGGAAUUCAACCAUGAGCUUUACGACGCAGCCCACCUCCCAGAGAAGAGGCGCGCGGCACUUGCGACGUCUCUGGAUACCAUGUCCCUGAUGGGUGAUGAUAUCUCAAUAGCCCCGUCGGAUCUCGCAGUGCUCCCAGCUGGCCCCAAGUCGAAGCAGAUCGAUAAGGGUUUCUUUGCAGCUGGAGGCAGUGGUGCCGGCCACAUCAAGAUGCCGUUCAGCCAUAAGUACACCGAGCAAGGACAGAAGCACUUGAGCGGAAGGAAAGCCCGGGCGAUGAUCGCAUUGGAGGCUGGUGUUGAUCCUAAGGAUGUCAAGCUUUCGUCUGGCAAGAAGCACUUCAAGGGUGGUGCCAAGAAGAAGGGCAAGCGUCGCGCUGGUGAUGAUGAUGAUUAG